UCACAAUAUUUGGUUUUAAAAAUUGUAAAUAAAUUAGGAGAUGGGCAACACAGUUAAGUUUGUUUACAUAAUGGCAAAAAGCCUUUUGAUAGGACCUUCUGGUAUUUAACUACCGCUUACCCGACCUCACGGUCACACUGGUAUGAACUGUUAAAGUUAAUGCGCAAGCACACAUGGCGUGAUCAUGGAAAAGUUGGACAAAAUAAGGAUGAGCCAAAAACUGUCCUGCUGGCAGCAUAUUCUGACCACGUUGGGGACGAGUUCCAAGACAGAGCAGGAAUGGAAUACUUUUUUCAAGGGGUUCCUCGAAAGUUGGAGAAAGCCCUACUGUAUCCAAACCAGCUGCGAUCCGAGCAUACCGCUGAGAAAGGAGCUCUUGGUCAGACCGAGGAAAGCCCUGCAAGAAAACCCGCAUGGACCGGGGUCCACACUUCCAGAGUCCCCUGUUUUCCUGGAACCCAUCAAUUCCACCGCGCCGCGUGAACAUCCGAGUCCCAGCAAGUCACAUUCAACAGGUUCAACAGGUUGUGAUCCUGGUAAUGGAGAAAGAUCUCCAAGUGUUUCGAAUAAAAAUUCUAAGUAUAAAAAUCCUGGUAACUCCAAAUAUGCUAAAAUCUGGAAGCGGAGUAAUAAUCAUACGACUUCCAUUUUCUCCAAAGCUCAAAUUUCCAAGCGCAGAGAUAAACUCUCAAGUACGAAGAAGCGGCCAGAUACAUGUGCACCAACUGAUGAUUCGCGCAAAAACCGAGAACCACGUGCUUGUGCUCCCAACAAAAAUAUUUUCAAGACCAGAGAGACCAAUGCUCCAAACUUGACGAAAAAUUCAUGUGCUCUUCCAAAUGUUCUUAUAUUAAGUCCCAACAGUGCGUCUAAAAUAACGCAACGUGGACAUUCUGUUGGUCAGACGCAAGAUUACAAAGCUUCUCCAGGCAAAAUAAUCAAGCGUGUUCCCAGAUAUAGUUUACAAUGCUUAAAGAAAAAAACCGAGAAAGUACAUAAUAAAAUAAUGGACAAGCCUAAGAAUAAACAGCAGCCCCAGACUCCACCGCCAUUUCUGCUCAAUAACGAGUACACGGAAUCAAGCGACGACUCUGAUGACCAACUGCCGCUUUCAGAAUUGUCGCAAAAGAUGAAAAGCAAUAAACUGAAUACCCUUUUCCUUUCUCGCAAUGAAGAUUGUAGUCCUGCUCCUGAGAAAGUAAAGCUAAAAGGAGAACGUCCCGCACAAAAUAAGAAAGAGCAGCUCACAUGGGAGCCAUCAAUAUUAACUAAUUUAACCGAUCUAGGCAAGCAAGUAGCAGAGCCCCUUCGAAAAUCAGUUAAAAAAUCUGCCAAACAGCAGAAACCACGAGUUAGAGCCCCUCCUCAGGGAAAAAAAACGUUACCUCAAUUGCAAACAGGUUUAAAGACUCAGGACAAGCAAUCAACUCACGAAAUGAUAAGUGAGCAGGCCAAAACCAUCUCAGAAGCAUCUGGACAGCAGACAUCUCAAGUCCAAAGUAGCUUGUCGCCAAACAAUAUAAGGAACAAUAGCGUAAAAUUAAUAAGCGCCAAAACGUUGAUGCCAGCCCAGAGAUCACAAGACUAUUCCCCAAACAAAAUGCAAGUGGGUCAGCCACUGGGUUUCGCCAUAGAAUUACCUAGUCCCGUGGACGGCAAGGAAGCCAGCGUCGAGAUCGAUACCCAGCUGGUCCAUACCAGCAAGUUCUUAGAGAAUAUGACAAGACCAUCGACAGUGGAGGUACACAAAUUCGAUUUAAUGGACAUCUUUAUGGGAGAAAAUGAAAAGUUGGACUAUGAGUACGACGAUGAUGAUGUGCUCUCGGUGGCUGCCUCCUGGAAUGGACUCGACGAUGAGAAUGUGCCUGAGGACGAACCGAGGAAGGAAGCGAAAACUGCAGAGCAGUUACCCAAACCCGAGCCUUCCACAGAAACACUUAAGCCAAUCGAAAAAGAAAACGCACAAAAAAUGCAAAGCAUAAAAUCGUUUCAAAUUCCUAAACUUAAUGCUAAAAAUCUGAAGACACAGCCCUCCGUGAUGCGUUCCAUCUACGAGAAUGAAGAGUUGGAAAAGAAUAAGGUGUUGGCAAAGCCUGCGCCGCCUUCACUAGUGCAUCAACCCUUAGCUGAAUCCAAUCGUAACCAACGGGACGAAGCAACUGCUGCCCGACGGGCCAAAGAAACAUUCCCAGUAUUUGCUCCACUAUAUCGUGUAGCACCAGAAUCGGCAGCUACUCUGGUCAGCGCCAACAGCCAACAGGUUAUACCACAAGUAUACUUUUCCACCUCCAACCAAGAUGGUGUUAAUUGGAUCAAAGAUGUGUUUGGGAUAAGGUGCAUGCAAAGUGUAGACAACAAAUGCAUCUCUAUUAAUUGUGAUCAUACGAUGAACAGUUUGGGUGAAGUACAGAAACGACUGAUGAGGAUGGACGAGGACACUUUGCUGAGCCUAUACCGACAAACGAUACGAAGCUUUUUCCUGUUUCAGACCUACUACACCUCGUUCGUGGAUAUCUUCAAAUUUCGCAAUCUCUGGCAGUAUCUGCUAAUCAUGCUGGUCGACUGCCGCUUGUACAAAAGCAUUUCAGCUCCCCUACUGGCACACGUCUAUGAAGCUCUCAGUAAGUGCGGUAUGCAGAAAGAGGCAGUGAAAAGGAUAAUGGAGCAUGUGUGGUUGCCAUGCAAAGCUCACAAAUAUCGGGAUCUGAUGCUAACGACUCUAAAUAUUCUGUCCAACGCCAACUGGGAGGAUUAUUGCGAUAAGCUAACUCAGCUGGACAAGGAUUAUAACUUUGAGAUACCCCAUAAGAACUUGAUUACCAUACUUAAAUCCUCCGUAGACUGCUCAGAUAAAUUUGCAAACGCCCUUAAGUUGAUCACCCUCCAUCCAAAUUCUAUUCGUACCAACGAAACUAUUAUGUCGAUUUUAAGCAACGCAUCGAAAAGCUACAGCUACAUGCAUAAUGAAAGUGCGAGCGCAAGCCAGGGGCCGCCAGGAGCGGCCUCGUUUCUUGCACCACCUGCUGCUAUUCAGCCUCCACACACCACAGUUCCUAAUUUUGGAUAUUUGCCAAACCCUAGCUUUCAUUAUUCCAAUGAAUAUGCGAUCAAUAUACAUAAUUUUGAUUAAGCAAAUGAAAAUGAAUGAAAAGUAUCUAACAUAUACUUGACAUAUAUCAUAAUCUCUUCAUUAUUGAUGCACAUAAUUGAAUAAAUUAAGUUAUCAAAUUAUUGUUCCUAUUUGAUUAUUACAAAUAUCAAUAAAGUAAAAUUUGCGUUAUACUUUCUAUUU